AUGCCUUAUUCAUAAGCGCUCUGCUUAAUCAAUACAGAAAUUUAUGGACCACUGUUUGAAUUUUCAAAUUGCCUGCAUAUGUAUUGAUUUAGGUGUUUAUCAAGACUUUUGUAUAUUUUGGUUUUCAGAAUGGAUAUAAUAGAACUUUUUAAUAUGGUAAUACAGAUAAAGUUCAAUAAUUAAAGGAGAAAGAAAAAAAUCUCUUUGUGAGAUUAAUGGACGAUGUGAUAAGACAAGUUCGAAAUUUCCUUUCGAUAUAUUCUUUUAAAAUAUUAUUUAUGCAUAUUCAAAGACAGCACAUGUUUGUUCUAUAAACCAAGUACUGGCCGAAAUGUUUGGGACAGAUCUAGUUAAUGCCAAGAGAGUUAUCAAUACAAAGUUGUCGAAAAACAAACCAAAUCCCGAAAAUUUAACUUUGGCAGAGCGAAUACUACUUAACCGACGAAAGGGCCCUCAACUUACUGAGAACAGCCGAAAAAAUUCUCCAUCAGGUAGUGUUGACAUAUCAGAAUUCACGAACCAUAAUGAUGAACGCAGAACACCAACACCAGAGCCAACUAGAAACAAUCGGUCUCCGGUUAAAAGGCAAGAAAGUAAUCGUAGUAUAAAAACACUUACUUCUGAACAACCAGGUCCAUCUAACCGCAAAUCAUCUACACCACCACUUCCACCGAUAAAAUCUGCCACACCGCGUCCAGCAACCAAGGUUGAAACGCCUAGACAAAGUCGGGCUCAAUCUAAAAUUAAGGUUGAAUCACGACGUGAAACUCCAGUCUUACCUCCAAUUGAAAGGAAAGAUUCGCGAGUUUCUGUCCGGAGUGAUGAAGGCAUACAGCCUCCAAAGGAUAUGCGUGAGUUUGACCCAAAUCUAGGGGUUGGUGAUGUUGAAGAUUCACCAACUCCACAAUCGCGGUGCACAAUGGAAUCGCAAUCAAAGAAGGCUUCUGACGCCAACCAACAACGGCAAGAACAUUUGCAGGCAGUUCAAAAAAACGAAUCGAAGCCAAGAUCUUCUAUAGCUGACCCAAAUACUCCAGAAAAACAAACAUCUGAAAAGGAUCCAGAUAAACAAAGGGCACACAGUACGGAAAAGUCGAUGUCUCCGGUUAAGACAAAUGUAGCACCCGUUGUUGCUGCAGCGGCAACAACUUCAGGCCCACGUCUGAGGUCGCGUUCUGUUUCGGGGCACAGAUCACGAAGCAAAUCUCACUCAAGAUCACGUUCAAGAUCACGGAAUAGGUCGAAAGAACGGAAUAAAAGCCGGUCACGUUCUAGGUCUCGAAGACGAUCACGUCGAUCAAAAUCUCGCAAACGUCACAGAUCAUCAUCUUACAGUAGCAAUUCGUCGCCACACAGGCACAGGAGAAAUUCUUUUUCUCCAAUAAGAAGACAUAGGAGCCGUGGUCGUAGUCGGUCAAAAAGAGGAAGCUUUGAUUAUGAUUUUGAAAGAGCAAAAUCAAUCGUAAGAAGUUUAUCGCGAAUGGAAUCAUUUUCAAGGCCGAGGUAUAGAUCACCUUCAAUUGAAUAUCAAAUACUUGGGAAUACUGGUUUCUGGCCUACGUCUUUACCUGAAUCAUCAAAGAAAAAGAAGAAGAUAAUUAUUGUACAAGGUGGUGGGCCAGUAAUGCAGGCAAAGAGGAGAAGUCAUAGUAGUUCUGAUUCAGAUAUAAGUGUUAUCGUUAAGAAUGUAAAAUCUAAAUUGCGUGGUAAAAAAGAAAAAAUAAGAAGAGUUUCAGAUUCUGAUGAAAGCGACAGUUCAAGAUCAGUAUCAAGAGCAAGGAUUGGCAAGAAAAAAAGGCAAUCUAAACCUAGAAGAAACAACAGUGAGAGCGAAGAAACUGACGUAGAGGAGAUCAUUUCCAAAAAAAACCCUAUGAAAGGCAAAUCGAAGAAAAAUAAGCAGUCUACAAAAAAUGGACUGAAAAAGAAAAAUCUACGGUUUGAUCUAAAGAAUGUUUCGAAUAAGAAAAGACUUGAAAAGAAAAACAUGGGCAAUGACGAGACAGAGAAUGAAUCCGAGGAAGAAGUUGAUGAAAAUGAAAACGUUUCGAGGUCUGUUGAACCGGCCAAACAAGUUGCUAAAUCAAUUGUAAAUAUGGAUUCUAUUGUAGAAAAACAGGAUGAUGUUGCAGCGACAGGGUUAAGAAGACCGACACCAGACUCGCCAUUCUCGUCAGGAAGUUUGCCCAUCCACCGGAAACAAGCGUCUUUCUCACCUUCUUCUAUGAAAUCACCAAUGGCUAGCAUAAGUCCGUACAUAGAAAACAAACAUGACACAAAACUAAAUAAUAAAUUAGAGGAAGAUAACGCUUUACUACAAGCAUUAGAUCAACUUGAAAAACGAACUGAUUUUGAACUGGAACAAUUAAAGGGAGGUAAUCAAAGAAAACUACCACCUGAUGUGAAUUUGGACAUGAAAAAGAAAAUAUUCAGCAAAGAAUUUCAACAAAAUAUUAAUAAUUUCCUUGAGUCCUAAAACAACUGUUUCCUCUACAUAUUACCCACGACGGAAAUGUUCGCUAUAAAUUAUUGUAAAUGAUGACUGACACUGACAGUUUUGUAUCUCUUUCGCUUUUGAAAGUUUUUGCUAACAAGAUUCUAAAUAGGGUCACUGUGGAAACUUUGACAGGUUUCUAAAAUAGCUUUCCAUUUUUAGCUCGAAUGUCGAAGAAAUAAAAAAAACAUCACGGUAUUGUUACAGUCACAGCGGCCUUGCUGUCUGAAAACUUUAACCUUGAUCAGAACUUUUUAAGUUCUUGGUGUAUUGUUUUCUUACUUGGUCUACAAGACCUUCAAGUAGACCAGAUUAAACUUGAUUUUCGUUCAUAAAUGACAAUGACCUUCAAUGUCAAUUGUCUAAAUUUUGCUUGAUUUAAGCUGAUUUUUGUUAUAAGUGACUAUAGCUUUGCUAUUUAUGAAUGGAUUAUCUUCAACCUUGAACACAACAAUCGUUCAGAAAAGACUUUCAAGUUAACCAUACAAACCUUGACCUUCACUCAUAAAAGACAUUAACUUUAAAGGGCAAAAUAUUGAUUUUUUCUUUUUUUCUCCCUGUAACUGGCUAUCAAUAAAUGACUUCAUAUUUAAUACGCAAUAUUCUAUAGGACUAGACCUUCGUGUAUAGCGACCUUUAAUUGACCUUGACUUAUUUGUAGGUUAAAUUAUUGAAAUUUCACUGAUUAUGACUUUGUAAUUUUUUAAUGGAUUAUCUUUAUACUCGGACAUGGAACUGACCUUGAUCUUUAACUGAUUGACCGUUAAGGUCAAAUUAUUCAAUUUUAGUUAAAUUGUCAUAAUCUUGUUUUUUAUGUACGUAUUUGAUUUAAACCGUGACCAUCAAGGUCAAAUUAAAAAAAAUCUCUUAUGCUUUCUUAUAGGUAUGUCAUUUGGAUCAUGUGCACAGUUGAACUUUGAUAUCAGCUGAUAGAUGAUUUGAUGAAGUGACCCACUUUUUUGUCCAUCAAGGUCAAAUUAUUAAAAUUCUUUUAUGUGUUUCCUAUUGGUUUGUUAUUUGGCUCAUUGUUACAGAUUUAGAUGUAAAAUUAAACUACUGUUUUGUUCUUUGACGAACAGCUAUGAAAUUAGGACCAUGUGUACAGUUUCAGAUGUAAAAUUGAACUUUGAUAUCAGCUGAUCUAGAAUUUGACAAUAUGACCUACUUUCUUGUCCUUUGGUGUACAGCUGACUGUGAGUGACAUUUAGACCGUGUGCACAGUUUUACAUGCAAAAAUGAAUUUUGAUAUCAGUUGACCUAGAUAAUUUGAUGAAGUGGCCAACUUUCUUGUCCUUUGAUGUACAGCUGGCAUUUGGACCGAGUGCACUGUUUAAAUUCAACUUUAAUUUUGACGAGAUCACCUAGUUAUGAACUGUGAUAUCACUCGAACUAGAUAAUUUGAUGAGUGACCUAAGAUCUGGCAGUAAUCGGGCAACACCGUUGUUAACAGUUAUGAAUUUUCUUCGACAAGUUAGUUUGUUGUAUUUUCAAUAAAAAUAAAUAUUAAACAAUCAUGAAUAAUU